CUUGGUGACGUCUUUGCCGGUUACUGCAGAAGGAGGGAGAAGAGGUAGUCACGGGCAGUCUCUACCGGCGACUGUGUCUUGUGUCGUGUCGAUCUAUUUGUUACAACUUGGCCUGUGGAUGGUGUGAGCCGAGGCCGUAACACCCACGCGAUGAGGCUGCUGCAGGUGGUUCUGGCGGCGGGGCUCCUGGCUCACCACGCCGCCGCCUGGCCUCUCUUCGGCGGCUACGACGAGAACUACGACUACUACUCCGGGGAUUACAUGUACGACUCCGAGAUUGAGUACAACACACCUAGGGAAACGGGACUCGAAACGGCACCGGAGACACCCCCAGAGGAACACCAACACCACCACCACCACCACCACCACGCUCCGCCUCCAGACACACCUGUAUUAGAGGGUUCCGGAGACGCUGAAGAUGAUGCUGAGGCUGACGUCCCACCUGAGCUUCUGCCGGAGAAUUUGGUGCCUGAGGAUGAUUUUGUUUCUAGUGAGGAAGUAGUGCUGGAGGACGUGGAUGGCUCGUUGACUCCUGAGGCUAAAGGAGGGCCGUCUGGGGUCGUUGCUCAUGGUGUGGUGCCAACUUUCAAGAUGCCCAAGAGUUGCUCCCAGCCCCCAGAUCCAGGCGUGUGUCGUGGCCACUUCCCAAUGUUCUACUUCGACCCCGUGACUCAUUCUUGCCUCCAGUUCGUCUACGGAGGAUGUCGCGGUAACUCCAAUGCAUUCAAGACGGCUAAAGCUUGCUAUGAAAAGUGUCAUCCCGUUGGUUUCACCCGCGGGACAGGCAAGGACAAAGCUGGCGACUACCUCAAGCUACACGACGGUAGAGGUGAUGAAGUGUUUACCUUCCCGGGACGCAACGCUGCAUUGAAAGUCGAGGAUGCAACGCUCGCUGAGUUCUCCGUCAGGAACGUCUACCAACUCGAGUUCGUCUUUCGAACUGACUCCCCGCACGGCCUCAUCGCUUUCCUCAGACAGACAUCGGUGCCGCCUGAGCUCGGGAACAGAAUGGUGCAGCUGUACGUGUUCCUCCGUCGCGGCCACCUCGCUGUCACUCACAUCUUCUGCCACCACAGAGAGACUUUCCUCAUGCGCAAAGGUGGACUGCAGGGCGGCAACUGGCACUCCUCCCUGGUUAAGAUCAACUCUGGUACUGGACAACUGCUUCUCGAGGUGGACGGUGUUCAGGAGACAUUCACCAUCACCAGCCUUAGGGACAAUCCUCAUUUCGGAUCUCAUGAGGGCGCCGCCUUCACCUCGCGCCUCUGGAUUGGAGGUGUCUUCGAGGAGAAAGUGAGCGAAGAGAAGAUGGUUGGGCGAACUGAGAACUUCCAUGGGUGUCUGAAGAAGAUCGCAGUGAUGAGCGGGGCGGCCUCAGAGGAGAUGGUGUGGCACAAGGGCUUAAGUUCCUCCACGUACAGGGGCAUCAUGAACAGAUGCAGGACCAACUGCAAUGACCGCCACCGUAACUUGUGCUCUCAAAACUCCCACUGCAUUGAGCACUUCGACCACAGCACCUGCAAUUGCUUCGGCAGCGGCAUGGACGGGCGCAGGUGUAAUAUCCAAGAUGUCCCGCUUCUCUCUCUGAGCAACGACGGCUAUGUGGUUCACCGCCUCUACGACUGGAUGGACCGCGUGCACACUUACACAAACUUCAUCUCUCUGGAAUUUAGGACUCGCUUCACAGACUCAAUCCUCUUCUACGGGUCGUCUGAGUAUCCAGAGAAGCAAUACAUCGUGGCCUCCCUUACUGUCGCCGGUACUGUGUACGUGGAAGCCAACCUCGGGGGCGGCUCCGUGGGGGUGGAGGUCGGAAAGAAGCUGGACACUGGCACUUGGCACACCUUGACUCUUGUGCAUCAACAUAAUAGAAUACAGGUUCACCUCAACAAUCGCCUGUACGACACUCUGCUAGUGCCCGGGGAGGUGCGUUACUUCCACCUGGACCCUGCCUUCUACAUCGGCGGGGCCCCCAACCUUACCAGGACGUGUGGGCUGGCGCCAGACCGAGGCAACCAGCGGGGUUUUGAGUGUCAGAAGAGCCACAUCAGGUACUACUACGACGUGCAUGACGGGGACUGCCACAUCCUCAACUACAGCAGCUGUGGAGGCAACGGCAACAACUUCAGGAACUAUCACACCUGUAUGGAUACCUGCAACACACGGCCAGGUCUGCGCUCCAUGCAUUCCUUCCUGGGCUGCAUGAGGAACGUUUUCAUCAAUGACGUCAGUGUUCUAUGGGAGUUGAAGGAGCAGAACAAAACGACUCGCUACCACGGCGCCACAGAAAUCUCGCCGCUCACCGAUACUUGCAAGGACCGGGAACAAAUGAUUCUCCUGACGCUGUCCACGGAAAAAGCUCACGUCAACCUCACUCACAAUGACCCAGACAACUUCAGACUCGUCGUGUCCUUCCGCCCCACCACGCCAAAGGGAGUCGUGGCGUCUGGCUAUGUAGAUGUUACGGAUACCGCGAGUCACUGGGAGAUCUCCCACGACGAGAACCACGUGUCCUUCAUCAUUCACGAGGAGCUGAUGAAAGUCAAACCCAGCGCUAAGAUCAACAUCAACCACUGGCAAUAUGUGGAAGUGAAGUACAUCAAUGGCAGAGUGGUGAUGAAAGUGAACCAGAGGACAGUCUCCGAAAAUCCUCCCGGCCCCCUUACCUUUUACCCAGUACUCACUCUCGGCAGCAGUCCCCUCUCUGACCUCCCAGGCAUGGUUGGGUGUCUGAGGAAAGUUGAGCUCGGCACGGAGACGGUGGAGCUGCGAUCACUGGCCGGAACUGACUUGGCGCAGAAGGACGUGAUUUACGAUGGCUGCAGGGUGUUGGGCCCGUGUGACAGACCUGGGUCCUGUGAACACGGCACCUCCUGUACUCUUGAUGCCAACGAUGAGAUUCAAUGUGACUGUGCAGACUCGGGCUACACUGGGAAGACCUGCCACUUUUCGCUGUACAAGACGUCGUGCGAGGAAUACUACCACAUUGGAUACAAGGAGUCAGGUAUCUUUAAGAUUGACGUGGAUGGCAAUGGUCCCCUUCCUCCCUCCUUCGUUAAAUGCAACUUCAACAACUUGACGAGCGUGUCCACCACCUUAGUAGAAAACAACCUGCCGGAGAAAUACGAGGUGAGAGGGCCUGGCCUGGGUAACCUGCAGGUGAACAUCGAAUACAGGGACUUUAGCGAUGAGAUGCUCCAGGCUUUGAUCGAGAAGUCAGAUUCCUGCUCGCAAAAUGUAAGGUAUGACUGCAGACGUUCUCCACUCAAGCUCUCCACGCACACCUGGUUCACGUCUCCUUCAGAAUCUUUCAUCACGAGUUUUGGCUCCAAGGUUCCCGGUCUCUGCCGAUGCAAGGAAAUCAGCGCAUGUGACAAGGCUGACGUAGCGUGUAACUGUGACGCGGUGGAUGGGCUGGCGAGGUCUGACGUGGCGGUUAUCACUCAGCCAGAUCUGAUCCCACUCAAGUCAAUGGUGUUCCUGGAGGACAAGAAAAGCAUGAGGGAGGAGUCAGAGGGACGCAUUACUCUUGGCCCCCUCACCUGCACCACGAAAGCCACGAAGGAACAGACGGUGAGUUUCUCCAAGAGUCGCGUGUACUUGGAGGUGCCGGCGUGGCGUGAGGGGAGCCUUGCCUUCAGCUUCAAGACCACCUCCUCCAGGGCCAUGCUCGCCUACCAGCCCGCUUACCACCCCAGCCACGCCACCUUCAGGAUCGCGCUGCUUGGAGAGAAGGAAGUGGAGUUUAUGUACAGCUACCACGGGCUGGAGCACCGUCACAGCCUGUACACCGCCCGGCGCCUCAACACAGGAGAGUGGCAGCAGGUCCUCGUCGAUAUCUAUCAUCACCAGCUGCGUCUCCUCAUCAACUCAGAACAGAAACUCAUUGACAUCGAGGACAACGCGAAUCUAGGAGUGCUGGAUGGGUCUAUGUUCCUUGGAGGGAUGCCAGCGAGACAAGACACGUGGAUGAACCAAGAGAUCCAGGAGGAGGAUGAGACUCUGGGUAGCUUGAAGGGAUGCAUCCGUGACUUAACCGUCAACAACGAACUGGUGGACCUGGACCGGUACAUCAGGGCAGCGCCUCUAGGGGUAUCUGCCUCCUGCCAGCCAUCAUGCAGCCCUAACCCUUGUCAGAACGGCGCAGAGUGCAUCGAAAACUGGGGCUCCUAUGAGUGCGUGUGUAAGAACCCCCUGGCGCACUCUGGUGUCAAUUGUGAGCACAACCUGAACGAGGAAGCAAUCACUUUCACCACGGAGGAAUCAAGACUAACAUACUUCAUCAACAACACUGAGAACUCCCACAGCCAAGAACUCGCCAACAUGACUUCACUUCUCCUCAACUUCCGCACUCACGUCAGGCAGGGACUCAUUCUCUUCACUUACGACUACCUCCACAACUUCCUACAACUUCACCUGGCGUCCCCAAAUAAACUGGUGCUGUACUUCAAUUCAGGAAGGCGAGCUUUGUCCCUCACGAUCGACACAAGUAGUGAAGUUCCACUCAAUGAUGGCCAGUCGGUGCAGGUAGCCAUAGAACGCGACGCCUUCACUACUAACCUCACCGUCUACACUAGCGGGACUUUCUUCAACGCCUCCGUCCAUGGUGGUUUGCUUCCCCUUCAGAAGACUGACUAUGAACAGUUUCCAUAUGGCGAGAGCACCCCACUGCCUGACAUGGUGUACUACCCUCACUCCUUCACCAAACCAGGUUACUUUUCUAUGUUCUACAUGGGAUCCGCCAAUGACCGGCAAGCUGACGUGAAGACGGACCUGCCUGGCCUGGUGGGCUGCGUGCGAGGUUUUCAGAUCAACGAGGAACCUGUUGUCCUGCACCGCUACCUCGCUGACCACCCAGCUGAGGGCGUAAAGAAGGGCUGCUCGAUGGUGUGCGAUCAUCACCCUUGUCUCAACGGUGGUGUCUGUCAGGAGGACUUCUUGUACCCGAGCAAUUUCCACUGCGACUGCUCCAGAACCUCCUACUCGGGCCCCGUCUGUAGCACCGAGACAGCGUACAACUUCCACGGCAGUGAGUGGCUGGGCAGAGACGCGGCCACCUCAGCCCUCAUGGAGAAUCUGGUGUUUGAACUUGCCUUCUCAGCCUCCGUGAGACGCCCACUGCCCCAGCUGGUCGCCCUCAUCAGAGGCACCGACACCGCCGGCCACGACGACUACAUCUUGGUGGCGGUGGAAUCUAAUGGGGCAGUGACGGUCCAGGCAGUGCUCAAGAACCUGAAGGACGCCACAUUGAUUGUUCGUGUAUCUCCGGACGAAGGAAUCAACGUUUACAGUGGACACCGGCACUUUGUUAGGGUGGAGUGGCGAAGUGACGGGCUCUGGGUGACGGUGGAUGGAGAGGAGCGACUGCCGCGAACGGAAGCUACCUCCUACAGACUAGAAUUGGAACCUUUCCCUCGCAGUCUCUACUUGGGCGGCUUCGAGGAGGGUGUUGACCUUCGCUUCGCCGACUAUGAAAACUUCCAUGGGUGUAUCUCUAAUGUGAUGAUCUCCAACUCGAACGGAAAAGUCUUCCCUCUGCAGGAGUACGAAGAAAAGGACCGCCACAUCACCAACUUCGGCCUUCCCACCUCUGGAUCCUGCUCUGGCUUCCCGCUCAUGCCUGCCUUGGUCAUGACUUACAGAGCAGACAAGGACAUCUCACCGGUGCAAGGGGAGGACUGGACCAUGAGAGCAGCGCAAAGGACAGCUUACGACGCACCACCGUCCCUCACUAGAGCAGAGAGAAACUCGCCAAUGGAUAACGUGGUUCCCGCCGUGGCCACCUGCGUCAUUCUCGCAUCGGGCAUCAUCCUGGCUAUCCUGUGCAUCAGAACCAACGAAAAGAAGAAGAAGGCAAAGAAGAACCAAAUGAUGAAGAAGGAGGAAGAGGAGAGGGAGCGGCUUUUGAAAGAUAGAAAGAAGAGUAGAGAAGAGGCAAUGAGGGCACGCAUUACCAACAUCUCUGAGGUGGAGAUGGCGCCCUCAAGGCAACCCAGAACGGAGGAACACAAGAGAAAGAGAAGGUGAGGAAAAUAAACGCAGCGAACCAGCAGCAGGUAGCGCCCCCAUCGGAACCGCCACCACCCAUCCCAACCAAGGAACCAGAGGAGGAGGAGGAGGAGGUGCAGGUGAGGACGCCAAAGGACUCCACUGCAGACAGACCACUCUCCUGGGACAAGUCUGCUGACGCGCUGCCUCUCAUAGGAACUGAGGUGCCACAGGUGAGGGAACAAGGAGAAGGUGCAGAGGACUCAGCGUCGGAGGGAAGCAGCUUCGACUGUACCAUUGACAUCACUAGUGGAUCACCUUCCUCCUCGGCAAUCUUCCCUCCGCAGCGGCCUAACUAAAUAACACCCCCAAAAAAGGCGCCUCUCUGAUGAUCCUUGUGACACCUUCAUAACCUCUCUUGGCAGACGUGGCAAGAACCCAACAAGUCUCCUGCCAACCCCACCGAGACUCAACACCACCUACACAUUCCCACUGACAACUUGCCAAUACAAAAAGACAAAGCGAGCGAAAAA